AUGUUGAGAAACGCUGCCAGACCAGGUCUUGCUAAGUCCUCUUUAGCCUCAUUGGCCCGUAACUACUCCCACAAGGAAUUGAAAUUCGGCAUUGAAGGUCGUGCUGCUUUGUUGAAAGGUGUUGACACUUUAGCCCAAGCCGUUUCUGUUACUUUGGGUCCAAAAGGUCGUAAUGUCUUGAUUGAACAAUCUUUCGGUUCUCCAAAGAUCACCAAGGAUGGUGUCACCGUUGCUCGUUCUAUCGAACUCAAGGACAAAUUUGAAAACAUGGGUGCUAAGUUGUUGCAAGACGUUGCCUCCAAGACUAACGAAAGUGCCGGUGAUGGUACCACCAGUGCCACCGUUCUCGGUCACUCUAUCUUCACCGAAUCCGUCAAGAAUGUUGCCGCCGGUUGUAACCCAAUGGAUUUGAGAAGAGGUUCCCAAUUGGCUGUUGAAAAGAUCAUUGAAGUUUUGAUCAAGAACAAGAAGGAAAUCACCAGCAGUGAAGAAAUCUCUCAAGUCGCCACCAUUUCCGCUAACGGUGACAAGCACAUUGGUCAAUUGUUGGCCAGUGCUAUGGAAAAAGUUGGUAAGGAAGGUGUUAUUACCAUCAAGGAAGGUAAGACUUUGGAAGAUGAAUUGGAAGUCACCGAAGGUAUGAGAUUCGACCGUGGUUUCAUUUCCCCAUACUUUAUCACCAACACCAAGAACGGUAAGUGUGAAUUCGAAAGCCCAUUGUUGUUGUUGAGUGAAAAGAAGAUCUCUACCAUCCAAGACAUUCUCCCAUCCCUUGAAUUGUCCAACAAGAUGAGAAAGCCAUUGUUGAUCAUUGCUGAAGACAUUGAAGGUGAAGCCCUUGCUGCUUGUAUUUUGAACAAGUUGAGAGGUCAAGUCCAAGUUGCUGCCGUUAAAGCCCCAGGUUUCGGUGACAACAGAAAGAACAUUUUGGGUGAUAUCGCCAUCUUGUCUGGUGGUACCGUCUUCACCGAAGAAUUGGACAUCAAGCCAGAAAACGCCACCAUCGACUUGUUGGGUAAGUGUGGUGCCAUCACCAUCACCAAGGAAGACACUGUCGUUCUUAACGGUGAAGGUUCUAAGGACAACAUCCAACAACGUUGUGAACAAAUCCGUGCCGCCAUGGCCGACCCAUCUACCUCUUCUUACGAAGCCGAAAAGUUGCAAGAACGUUUGGCCAAGUUGAGCGGUGGUGUUGCCGUCAUUAAGGUUGGUGGUUCCUCCGAAGUUGAAGUUGGUGAAAAGAAGGACCGUUACGACGAUGCUCUUAACGCUACCAGAGCCGCCGUCCAAGACGGUAUCUUGCCAGGUGGUGGUACUGCUUUGUUGAAGGCUUCUUUGACCCUUACUGAUCUCAAGGUUGACAACUUUGACCAACAAUUGGGUGUUAAUAUCAUCAAGUCUGCUAUCCAGAAACCAGCCAAGAAGAUCAUUGACAACGCCGGUGGUGAAGGUUCCGUUGUUGUCGGUAAGGUUUUGGACCAAUACGGUCAAGACUUUAACGUUGGUUAUGACUCUGCCAAGGGUGAAUUCACCGAUUUGAUCAAGGCUGGUAUUAUUGAUCCAUUCAAGGUUGUCAAGAGUGGUUUGUUGGAUGCUUCUGGUGUUGCCUCUUUGUUGGCUACCACCGAAUGUGCCAUCGUCGAUGCUCCUGAACCAAAGGGCCCACCAGCUGCUCCAGGUAUGGGUGGUAUGCCAGGUAUGCCAGGUAUGAUGUAA